CGCAUGACUGGGACAUUUUUUAACCCGAAAUACCCUUGUCUACCCUGUUAUUAAUCUCAAUACACAUUCCCAUUGAAUUGUUUAUAUCGGCUGAUACUACUUGAUUUUAUUCUGCUUUUGGAUCAUCUCCCCCAAAAAUGAAAUAUUUACUAGCAGUUUUCGUAAUCUUGGAGAGUUUUUUGUCAAUUGAGGCAGCAGCAGACAAAUGGAACUAUACUGAUCAGGCCUCAUGGAGCAAGAUGUCGGGAUCUCAGUGCAGUGGGACCAGCCAGUCCCCCAUCAAUCUGCCUCCCAUGGUAGAAAUGGAGUACAGUAAAAAUCUGAAACCGUUCCAGUUUUCUGGCUAUGAGGUGGUGGUGACAGACCCUGUGGUUCACAACAAUGGACAUACAAUUCAAGUCGGAUUUACAAAUGACGCUUCGAUAUCAGGGGGAGAUUUAGGUCAAACAUUCAAAGCGGCCCAGUUCCAUUUCCACUGGGGCAGUGACAACACCAAGGGGUCGGAACAUACCUACAACGGCAAGUCCUACCCUGCAGAGCUUCAUAUUGUCCACUACAACACAAAGUACCCAAGCCUAACGGAGGCGGUAGACAAAGUAGAUGGGCUCGCAGUAUUGGGAUUUUUCAUCGAGGUUGGUCCAAUUCAUAACUGCAAUUUCGGACCAGUUGUAGAUGCCUUAACAAAUGUCCAACCUGGGGUUUCUCAGUACAGCAUCAACACGACAGCUAACCCCUUCAAACUCCGCCACGUGCUCCCCAUGCAGCUAACCGACUACUAUAGGUACAUGGGCAGCCUGACCACACCCACCUGCUUGGAGACCGUCAAAUGGACCGUGUUCAGAGACCUCCUGUACAUGUCCGAAGAACAGUUACAAAAGCUGAGAAGUGUAUACUUCGACUCAUCUAAAACGAUGCAGAUGGUGGACAACUGGCGGCCCCCUCAGCCCCUGAAUGGGAGAAAGGUCUACAUUAGUUUCGAUGUGAAGGCAAACUCCUCCCCUACUCCUGUGUUCAGCUCCGCCAUGUUCCUCGUUCUUCUGUGUAUACAUCGCGUGUUUAUAUAAAAACAGUUCAAUAUUGUGUAUAAUAUAAUCAUAUCUACUGCAGAAUGACACUAAUGUAGCCCCGUGAUAGAUAUAUCACCCGUGAUAGAUAAGUGAUAGUUAGUACCGACGAUAGAUGAUCACCGCCUAUAGGGCUAAUCUUGGGCUCCCUCACACUAACACCUAGCUGCAAUAAUGUAGCCCUCUCCCGAUUUUUUUUUUGGGGGGAGAGGGCUACAACUCCAUAGGAUCUCCGUGAUGGUGCAAGUGCGGUCCCGAGUGAUUCACUCCCGCAACGAUUUAGUCUCAAAUCGUAUAUAAAUGACAAUAACAUCUGCAUUUCUUACCUGAACUCAAACAUUGUAGAUGUCUAUGGCAUAAAUUAAUCCAAAAAUAUCAGAUAUAGUCCAUAUAUCGGUUAUUUUCGUAUAUGUCAACAACGCAAGUUGAAUUUGUCUGCCAUGUUUACUGACCUUGACCGGUUUUAUUUUGGGACAGCCAAUGAGAAUUUAGGAGCGGAUCUUGAACUGAAUAUAGGAAUUCCCCUAUUUUAAACAUAAUUAACGCGGUAAAUAUGAAUUUUCCAUUAUAUACUAUUUCCUUAAAUGAUGUUUUAGUGAUAGAACGAGGUAAGAUCGAUUAUUUACACUGACAUUCACGUUAUCAAGCCCAUCAAAACUCCAAGCAUAAAUCCCAUAAAAUCACGCCAGAACUGCCAUGGCUGCUGAAAAAGACGACUGGUAAACAUGCUGAUGUGUUUUAUCUGGUUUUGAUUUAUAUACGAUCAUUACGGAGAUCCUUUGGAAUUGUAGCCCUCUCCAGUAAACAUGAGAUAUAAAAAAUCGGAGAGGGCUACAUUAUUGCAGCUAACUAACACCCAGUAACACCAAACAGCAGAGACUUCAGAGACCAGUGUUAGCGUUUGUGUGUGAGUCUUGGAUUAGCUAGAAACAUGUACGUUGUAUAGUCUAGAUAUAUAGUCGCUAUAGCAUUAAGAUGGUUGGAUGGUCGUGGCCAUUUUUUAGACCAUGUUAAUCUCCUUGAGAAGAAGAGCUUCAUAUAAGAUAUGAGGGAAAAUCAAAUUUUAAAGCUAAAAUAGUUAGGCUUUUAUUCACUUCAUGAUAGUUUAAGGCCAAAAUAUCAUAUAUAAAAUUUGAAGAUACUACUAGAUCACCCAGCAUCCUUAAAAGUCGCAAAAUGUUUUACACAAUCAUGUAUAAACGUUGUAGCUAGCAUUGACAAAUACUAGUUAGAUGUAGUCUAUUUGUAAAAGGUGAUUCAGGUGAAUGGGUUUUAUUUUCAUUCAAAACAUUUAUUUGUUGUUAUUCAAUAACCGUUCAAUUAUUGCAAUAAAAUUUAUAUUUAUAAUUAA